ACAUUUGUCGAAAACAAAAAUGGCGACGUACUAAAGUUUCUGUUGUCAACUCCCCCCAUUGGUGUUUUUUUUCCUCCAGAGCUUUGACUUGAUUAGAUCUAGAUCUAGUCUUACUAAGUCUUAGCUAGAUAGUUCUUGCAGUAUAGAUUUAGAAUCUAUCCGAAAAUUACAAUCUAGAUCUCUAUCUCUGAUUAAUGGAUCUAUCUAGUAGGUCUAGAUCUAAGCAUUUAACUUUCAAUGUACCAAGCUCACUCCAAACAUUUGCCCAUUUAUUCUCUAUAAAAAAAAACAACAACUAACAAACAAAUAUAAUAUAAGAUCAUUAACAUUGAUGUCCAAAACUGGCUGUCUGAAAUAAAUUUUGUUGUGCUUGACAAAUAAGAAACAGAAAUGCAUCUAAAGAAAAUAUAAAAUAUGGCUAGCACAUGUGUUGACUACAAUCAGACUGCUGAUGACCAUCAGACUCUUCUUGUCUUGAUCAGGCAUACAGGGUCUCAGUUGCCUAAUCAGAGUUUUAACCAUGCAUAUGAUAAAAUCUCUCGAGUUGAUCGUAUAUACGUUCAGGGUCAGAAACGAAACAUCACCAUCAAAUAUAGAAAAAUAUAUUCUUCUGACUUCAACUCUUGGGGUGACUUUCAAAGUCAUCGAAAGGUCUUAGGGCUUGUGACCAUUGGAAAAUGUUCAAACCAUGAAGAGUUUGGGGACUUGUUUACAAGCUACAAGUCCAUAAAAGAAGAGUAUGCUUCAACAAUAAUUAAUUCUCGACUGAUUGUGUUUGGCAUGAACACUGAUGGCUCGCCUAUUGAAAAAGCACAAGUGGAUACAAAUGGCAACAAUGAAAACGGUGGUCUUAUUGAGGGCAAUACAAAUUGUAGCAAUCCAGACAAUUGUCGAACAAAAUGUUCAUGUUUGAAUACAACAAAAGAACAGGAUGCUUCGUUGACACCUAAAGUAAUAACUCCAAAUGUCCUUGAGACUUUGGAUGAGCGUGUUGAAAGGGAAACCUCGGAUAAUGUGUUCACCUCGCCUACAGACACUGCCGUGACCUCUAAUCGGUCAGAAUCUUUCAGCAGCCUGAAGACAGAAGAGAAAAGACCCCAUAGCAACAGCCUGACCAAAGAGAGCACAGGUUCUGAAAUUGUGUUUUACCCUAACCUUGAAACCUCUGGUGACCUUGAAGAGAGAAUGAAGGAGUUUGUCACUUCUCUUUACUUUGUGCUAGAAGGAAAACGGCUGGACCGUUCAUUUGAGAGAAAUGACAAAAUGACCUUGUUGUGUGCACCUUUCGAGAAGAAAGACUAUGUUGGUGUGGACACUGACACAAAGUCCUUUAAGAAAAAAUGUAUGGGUCGUUUAAGGAAGCAUUUAGGGGAUCUGUGCUUGCAAGCUGCCAUGCCAGGGGAAGCCAUUCUGCAUUACAAUACAGCAUUGGAUCUUCUAAGAUCAGUGAAUGACUUCUUAUGGAUGGGAGGCUGUUAUGAAGGUCUUGCAUGUUCCAGUGUUAUUUUAGGCUACCCCAGAGUGUUGCCAAUUGGUUUGAAAAGGAAUUUAUCCUUUCAGGCCAACAGCAGUUCAAGCAUUUCUGAAAUAAAAAGUAGAACAGGUUCCAGCUAUGCCAAUGGACUUGACAUUUUGCCUGACAGUGUCAGCACUGCUGGUGUCAAUAUUGAUGAUGUUGUGGAGAAGUAUAAAGAGGCCAUAACUCUAUACAGCAAAUUCAAGAAUGCAGCUGUUAUUGAGAUGGAAGCCUGCCUGAAGGCUUGUAGGUUUCUAAUACUUCAGAAUAAAUAUCUUCAGGCCUCUGACUUCCUUCAAAAUGUUGUGUACAUCAAUCCAUCAUCACUAGAGGAUGACAGGAUCCAACGGUAUAUAACACUGUCCUCCUUGUAUAGCCAAAUUGGGUUCAAGCGCAAAGCUGCAUUCUUCCGUCGUGUGUGUGGUAUGCAUUGUGUGGCACCAGACAGCUCCCCUAGUUGGUCACAGUGCUAUGAACUACUGCUGCAGUGCUUAGAAGGAUAUCUGCUUUCUGUUAAUCCCAAAGAGAUUGAUAGAGAUCAUCCAUCAGGUUGGCCAGUCUUACAGUACCGUGUCCUUCAUGAACUUGUGUACUCAGCUAGAAGAAUGAGCAAUCCUCAAAUAGCUGUCAGGCACAUGACGCUAUUGGUGGACAUAAUGUUACCACAUCUGAGUGUUAGUGACCAGAGGGAGGCCAUCAUGGGCCUGUCCACUUUGACACAAAAAUGCCCCGGCAAUCCCCAGCCCAUAGCCCUGGAUUCUGGCCUCAUUUUGCCCCCAGUUCCACUGUUGUCACUGCCAACUGUCAGAUCUUUCAGACUGUUACCCCCCAGCCCUCACUUGCAAGCCAGUAAAAUUGACAAGUCUGAUGUGGACAGUUCACCAGCCGUGUUCAUCUAUUCCCCAUUCCUGUCCAGCACCAAGAAAUGCAAUGAAAGCAAGCCAGAUUUUAAAUGGGUUGCUGGUGAUAUAUGUGAAGCCAAUGUACAGUUAGUCAAUCCUUUAGCAGAUGAAUUGAAAAUAUUUUAUAUGGGCCUCUGGACUUCUGAUGUGGACACUGAAAUAUUUCCUGCAAGUCCAGUCAUUCCGCAAGACUCUGGUGUCAUGAAUAUUAAACUUAUGGUCAAGCCUAAAUCCCCAGGAAAUCUGAAAGUUUUAGGGUACACCACUGUUGUCUGUGGAGUAAAGAGUAACUGCCGGCUGCGUGACCUGGUAAACCUGACUCCACCCAUGUCCGAGAUUGUGAUAGAAGUCAUCCCUCCCCUGCCCCAGCUAAACCUAUCCUGUUCGCUACCGAAGUCCACUGUGUUUGGUGCAGUAAGUGGAGCUGACAUUGUGGCCACUGGAUCAGCUGUUUUGUUUGCUGGACAAAGCACUGAGUGUAUCGUCACCAUACAGAAUAUAUCAGAGUCCCCAAUAGAAAUGUUGACUGUGUCACUGACCACUAAAAGUGAUGUUCAGGGUACUGUGAAUAGGAUGCUGACCUGGAGCCAAGAGAAUAUUCAAUCCCAGCUUCCCCUGUUACCUAAACACCAGCUGUGCUUUUCUCUGUGUAUCAAUGGGGACAGUGACUUUCUAAUCCCUGUGGAGCAGCCAGCUCGUUCCCCUAUGUCUCAAUCUAGCAGAAGAAGAUCGGAAAGUGUGGAUCAAAAAGACAAGACAAUGGAUGCAGUGCUUUCCUUGCAGUACAGUGGAGGGGAAGGCCUGAAGGCAGGUUACAAGAGACAGUGUUCACUAGCUCUGAACCUGGACAUUUUGCCCAGUAUCUAUAUCACACAAUGGGAUGUCCAUCACAUUGAUAGUUCUACUGAAUGUCGCCUGUGUCUCGAUUUACUGAACAUAUCUAGUCAUCAAAUUGAUGUCACGUUUGAUACAGACAAGAAAAUUAUAUUAGAACCUCAACAGAUGAGAAGGAUAUGUAUGAAUGUCCCUCGGCUCGACCCAGAGCAGAUCUCUUCGAGCAGAGCCCAAAUUGAUCAUGUGCCUUUACACUACAGGAACAAAGUUCUACCUGACCGUUAUAGUGAAAUACUCGCCAAUUAUGUGGAUAUAAGAUGGUCUAUGCCUGCAGCCAAGUCCUGUGGUAAAGUUGGGAUAGAGUACAUCAAAUGGAAGCCUGAUCAACUGUUCCUGCUGCUGACACCAAAUGUUCGAUGGGAAGUACAACUGAACAAGAAAGUCUUCCUGUCAACCUCCAAGUUUAAAUUCAAUGUUGGGGAAGUAGUGGAUGUGGAAGUGUUACUGGAGAAUACAACUGGGCAAGACAAAGGGAAUUCUUCUCUCAGCAUUGAGGCCAGUCAGAGUAUUGAUAAUGGGGACUUAUCAAUGGAUGAUUCAUCUGUGUCUGUGAUUGGCUGUUCAGCAUUAUUCAUACCUCAGAUUUCUGCCAAUUCUGUGGUCAGACAUUCUUGUUCAUUUAUAUUCUUCUCUCCUGGCUGGUAUUUCAUCACUAUUGUGUGUAGACAGCUUAACACCUGCAAAGUGAAUGAAGUCCAUGCCGAGGACAGCGCUCAGAGUGGACCCAGGACAGCAGCAGCAUCUGCAAGACUAAAUAGUGACUGGAAGUGUACAGUUCCUGUUAAGUUUGAAAUAGGGCGAUGACCCCAGUUGCCUUUCAGUCAGUGACAUGACGUGUUGUGACAUAGCUGACAGAAACAGCAACAUGUUAUUUAUUUAUGACAGUAGCUGAAAUCUGUCAUGAACAGCAGGAUGACAUAAGGUGCAGUCUUCCGCUGACACUUCAUUGUGACAUAAACAGCAUUUGUCAGUGAUAUUUCAUAGUGUUUGUCACAUAGCAUCUAUAUCUACUUGCUUAUCUACUAACAGUCUACAGGAUUUCAGCAGAAAGAAAAGCCAAGGGGAGUUACAACUGGCAAGAUUCUUCACAUAUCUUGCUGAUGACUACAAUAUAGUAUUUCAAAAGUUCAAUCAUUGAAGACCAACCCUGGUGUCCAGAAGGGAAACUUCCUAAGAUUUCCUAAAAUUUUGUUACAGUGUGAUUACAAUGGGAAUCAGUCGACAAUGUACCAUCAACCAGGUUAUCAUUAAACAUAAUAGCCAAGUUAAUAGACUAGAUCUUGACUGACUGUUAUCCCCAUGACUCUUGACCAUCAAGCGCUAAUUACUGAAGAAAUAAUGUUAUUCAAGAGAUUGAUGUAAUUAUUUUUGUCCCCCUUUUGGUAGUUGUAAUUAAAAGUAGUUCUAUUGUUGAUAGCUUUUCAAUUAUUGCCUUCUCUAUUAUGUUGGUGAGGGAAGAAAACUUUGUCAUCAAAAAACAUUGUGUAAGUAGUAUCACAGAAAGCAAGGUUAGUUAUCAAUGUAUGUGUAACCAAUUCCAAGUCAUCUCUGUACGUGAAACCAAUAAAUAAAACAACAAUUUACUCUAAUUCUAAAGUUGAAUUUUUAAAUAAAUAAUUGCCUGAUAAAUGUUGAUUACUAGGAUGAAUCAACUUUUAGUUGUUUUUUUUUAAAUUUAACCAUUAUAACUGUUUAUAAAUGAAAUGUAUAGAGCAUUUUUCAAAACAUUUGUUCCUUCAAGUUAUUAAACUGCUGGUUUUUAUAGUUGGUAUGAUUGGAAAGGUUAAAACAGAAUGGCAUUGAACUGUCUGUAUAAAAUGGUCUUCUAAAAAAGUGAACAGUAAUAGGGAACUGUUGCCUAACAUUUAAUCUGACCGUUGAAUUACAUUUCUAAAUGGCUUGUCCAUCACUAAAAUAGGAAUACAGAGCCUCUGCUUUUUGUGGGGUCAGAUAGCACUGUGACUUGGGCCAGACAGGUCAAAGGUUGGGCACCACUGAACCAUAACACAAUAAAUAGUGAUGUGUAGAAAAAGUUGUUUUUUUAUGUCUAGGGCUUAUCCAAUGUUUUACAAUUUAGUUUUUAUAAAAAUGUGGGACCUGAGACAUUUAUUGGAAGGUUUGACUAGUCCACUUCUUAUUAAACCAGGCAAACAUGUCCUGAAAUUUUUUUAAUCUAAAUAUUUUAUUUUAGUUAUGGAGUAUUUUAUAGGUAAUUUAGAUAUUGAAUAUUUUAUAGAUAAAUCAUUGAAAUAGCGUUUAGAGAAAAAACAUUAAAAACCUUUGAACUAAGAACCUAGCCAGAUCAUGUAGAUUUAGUUAGGGUUAGUUUGAUUCAAUCGUUAGAGAUUCAAUCAUAAAGAGAUUUGGUCAAAGAAUAUUGAACAACACAACGCUGCUAUUAUCUCCAAACUGUAUUGUCUCCAAACUGUGUCAAGAUCCUUAGCUCUCUCUCCCCUUUCCUCCCUUCUUGAAGACAACAUGAGGAAAUAGAUUGAACUCUGUAGUGAAAGCCAAUAGUGUCAUUAUUUGCUCUUAGAUUUUGAUCAAAGGAAAAAAAAACAGUUGAAGAUUUUGAAAUAAUUAAUUGUCGUUAUUUUCCACUGUUGAGACAUUUGAAAUUUUGUGUUGUCUUUAGUUCUAGUGAAUGUUAUUUCAUUCUUGUUAUAGUUUAACAUCCCAACCUAGUAUACAGAAGUAAUGGUAACAGCUACAGAUUAGAUCUAGUACUUUGUCAAAAGGACAAGAACUUGUUUAAAUUUAAUGGACAGCUGUGGAAUUUCCAGUGUAGUUUUGAUUUAUUUUAGUAAUACAGGAAAACCCUUGUUUGUUUGUUUUUUAAUUGGGUUUUUUUUCCCUAUUAUCUUAAUUGUUUACUUAAUUCACCAGCUAAUACUUACUGUAUGCAUGUGUUGUUUCCCUUGAGGAACUAACAGGUGUUUCUCAAUGAUUCCAUUCUCUAGCCAUUCCAUGUGAUUGUAUUUGUAUCUUUUGAUUUGUUUCUUGUACUUUAAACUUUGUUUUUACUUUUUGACUCUAUUGUGUUAGUUGCAGAGAGCAUAACAUUGAGUUGUUGCUUUUGUUUUAGCCCGCAACUGAAAACAAUGAUGGACAUUUUCUUCUUUUCAUUUUUUGUUUUUUUUAAAGAA